AGAUUCUCCUCUCUUUCUCUGACUCCUCGCUCUCUCGUAUUCGCUCUUCCAUUUCAACCAGAUCUCAUCAACACCGACAAACAGGAGCCUCAAUAGUGAAACCAUCCAUGACGUUUGGCUCAGGAGGAUCCAGUGUCGUGGGACUUAGUCUAUGAUUGUUAUAGAUUGAUAAUUGGCGAGGAGCUGUUUGCUGUAAGGUUGCCGGAAGAUAUAGUCCCUCGGAACUUCAGAUUGCUGGAGGAACUUGAACGUGGAGAAAAAGGCAUUGGGGAUGGCACAGUAAGCUAUGGAAUGGAUGAUGGAGAUGACAUUUACAUGCGCUCUUGGACUGGCACUAUAAUUGGUCCUCACAAUACUGUACAUGAAGGUCGAAUUUAUCAGUUAAAGCUCUUCUGUGAUAAAGAUUACCCGGAGAAACCACCAAGUGUUCGCUUUCAUUCACGGAUCAAUAUGACUUGUGUUAACCAUGAAACCGGAGUGGUGGAACCAAAAAAGUUCGGACUUCUUGCAAAUUGGCAGCGAGAGUACACCAUGGAGGACAUACUGACACAGCUGAAGAAGGAGAUGGCAGUACCACACAACCGUAAGCUGGUCCAGCCUCCUGAGGGUACCUACUUCUAGCUUCCGGGGUCAUAUAGAUAAUGGAGCAUAUUGUUUUUGCAAUAUGCAACAUGUAGUUUAUAAUCCAGUGGUGGUCUCUGGGGAAUGCCCUAAAAAAGUUUCUCCAGUUACCUUUUCAUGGCUUCGUUGACAUUUUGUCUGUCUUAUUUCAUGGAACUGUAUUAAGGGAUGCUGUUUGAUUAAUGGGAUUUAUCAGUGUGUCAAAUAUUUAAAAACACCCAUCAAGCAGUAGUUUUGUUUUA